CAGCAUCCACAGCCGGAGACUUACGGAAGUGCUCAGCUCCCCUGACGUGUCAAAUCGCCAUUUUCCAUCUCGAGGAAGGAAACGCCUUGAAGAAGGAAGAAAAAUCAACUUUGUGAUUUUUUAAUUAUUUUGGUUCGUCUUUAGUUGCCACGGUAGGUACCGUCACAAGCUACAAUGGGGAGCCUUUUAUCUAUGUUCUUCAAUAUUAAGAAGGACAUGAGGAUCCUCAUGGUGGGCUUGGAUGCAGCUGGAAAGACGACAAUAUUGUACAAGCUUAAACUGGGAGAGAUUGUGACCACAAUUCCCACAAUUGGUUUUAAUGUCGAGACAGUAGAGUACAAGAACAUCAGCUUCACAGUAUGGGAUGUUGGUGGGCAAGACAAAAUUCGACCACUUUGGCGACAUUACUUCCAGAACACACAAGGUCUCAUCUUUGUUGUGGACAGCAAUGACCGAGAGCGAAUCGCAGAGGCUCGUGAAGAGCUUAUGAGAAUGUUGGCAGAGGAUGAGCUACGUGAUGCCCUUCUUUUAGUAUUUGCCAACAAACAGGACCUCCCAAAUGCCAUGAAUCCUGCUGAACUCACAGACAAGAUGGGACUUCACACUCUAAAACAAAGAAAAUGGUACAUCCAGGCAACUUGUGCCACUUCUGGGGAUGGUCUCUACGAAGGACUAGAUUGGUUGUCCCAUCAGCUAAGACAAAAAUAAUUGCAUGCUAUCUAAAAAUUACCCACACCUCUGCUCGUAAUUUAGUCUUUCGCCAACAAAGGGCAGAGGUUGGGCUGUUCUAGUCUUGUAAAUGUAUUUUUUAUGUAAAUACAAAUAUAUUCGGUAAUGGGUGGCUUUUUGCACUCUGACAAAUCAUACAGUGGUUAUCUCUCUUUCUGGCUGUCAGGCAGCCAUAUGUGCAUUGAAUAUGAAAAUGGAGGAUGGGAUUAAAUAUUACCAGCACAUUUCAGAUUCAGGAUGUCAAUGCAACGUGAGCAUUUAUUAUGCAGGGCUUUAAAGUUAAAAAAAUGAACUGAACACUGAUGUACUGUUUGCAACUACUGUGGUUACUUUAAACAGUGACAACAUGUACUGCUAAGCCAAAUUACUAUUAUGUUAACACUGGUAUGACCUUUUUUUUAUUAACUGCACUUCAAGAACCUGUCUUUGAACAUGUAACUAGCCUUUGAGGUACAUUAUGUUAUGAUGCAAUCAUUUUAUAUCUAUCAGUUUUAUAGGUGAUUUAAAGGUGAGUCAGCUUUGUAUUUUUAUAUUUACAAGACUCAGGUUUAUCCAACAUUGCCUUUGAAAUUAUUAAAAUGAUAAGUAGUCUUUAAGGAAAUGCAUAUUAACUGAGUGUUUAUAUCAUCAGUUUGCACUGAAACUACUACCCACUACUGACAACUCAUUUCAUAUCCAUGUAACCUAAAUGUGUGUUGGGUUGUUUUAUUGAGAGUUUAACACUAAAUUAGCUGUAUUGUCUUCACCAAAUGCUUUUACUAGCAGGCCAUGCAUUUUCUAUGGUAUAAUAGCUUAUUUUUAUCGUGGUACAAGUAAAAUGCCAGCUAAAUGUUUAACAGGGUGCCAAUAUUUUCUCCAUAAGGGCAUAUAAGGUCAGACAUUUGGCUUUUAAUACAAGACAUGAUGCCAUAUAUUUUCAUGCAAGGUUUAGGUGUUUUUCUACUGCUCGGAAGAUGUCUUAUAGAUACAUUUAAUAACUGGGUCAAACUGCCUUGAUAUUUAAAAACUGUUGAUCUUUACAAUGUCUGUUUUCUAUUUAAAGUUUCUGUUUUGUAAGGGAAAUUGAUGUAAUUAAAGAAUCAAAAUAAACAACGACUGCAGUGAUUUUU